CAGAUGACGAGAAGAGCACCCACGAACACCCCAUCCAUCUCGAUCGCGAACGGACGACGCGGAGGAGGAGAUCGAAGCAUAGAAGAAAGAGGGUUUGCCGAUGGGGUUCUUGAUGACGACCAUCAUCUUCGUCGUGGUGGGCGUCGUCGCUUCCGUCUUGGCCCGUCUCUGCUGCAACCGCGGUCCCUCCACCAAUCUGUUUCAUUUGACAUUGAUAAUCACGGCGACAGUCUGCUGUUGGAUGAUGUGGGCAAUCGUCUAUCUUGCACAGCUGAAGCCUCUGAUUGUUCCAAUUCUCAGUGAAGGAGAGUGAGAUGCAUGGCAAAGAAUAACUUGGAUCAUGUGUUAUGAUCUAACAAAGUAUAUGUUUCAUGUUGCUUGCAGUACAACUGAACAGUUUGUUGUAAGGGUUCACCUUUUUAAUCUCUGAACUAGGAUCAAAAACUGAUAUGUAUCCUUAUGGUUCUUGAUGCUGUGCUUCAUUUAGUUGAUUCAUGUGAUCUUUACUUGAGGGCAUUGGUCCCAAGUAGUUAAUUGGUCAA